GAUUUUAGUACAUCUCCUGAUAUAGCCUUAGCAACAGCGGACUUUGGUAGUUGCCUUCUGUGCCAGUGUGUGCAAAGGCAAUUUUAUCAGAUUAAUUAAGUUUAUUUCUCUAGAUCUGAUCAUCCUUGAUUAGACUUUUAUAUUUUAAAGAUCAUAAACUUCUUUUAAUCGCAACAGUUUUUGUUGAAAGUUCGGUUCCUUCUUUGUUAGUUUGACAAUGAAAACUGCGUUGUUACUUGUUUUGAUUCCUUGUGCCUGCGCACUUCUCGCAGACAAUGAAUUGCACAAGCCUCAUAAAGAUCGAUAUGUUCUUCAUAAGAAUUGUGAUGCUGCCAUACAUAAGCAAAUUGACGAGGAAAUGCAUGCCAGCUUAGUUUAUGCUGCUAUGGCUGCUCAUUUUGAUAACAAUAAUGUUGCCCGAAAAGGUUUAGCCAAAUUCUUCUCUGAAAAUUCUGUGGAGGAACGUGAACAUGCUCAUAAAUUCAUUGAUUAUCUGAACUAUCGUGGUGCAACAUUUUCUGGAUUUGAUAUAAAAAUGCCGAACAAAUACACAUGGACAAAUGCUAUUGAAGCCUUGGGAGAAGCCUUGAAUCUUGAGAAACAUGUCAACAAUAAAUUGUAUCAUCUUCAUGAUGUUGCUUCAUUGCAAUGCGCAGAUCAACAUCUCAUGGACUUUUUGGAAGGAGAAUUUUUGGAUGAACAAGUCAAAUCCAUUGAUAAGUUGCAGAGAUACGUGUCUAUUCUAAGUGGAAUGGAUACACCCAUGGGAGAAUUUCUUUUUGAUCAGCAGCUGCAAGGCUCAAAAUCAGAGCUGUAAAUGUUCUCUUAAAAUGCACUUCUAUAUCCCAAUGCUGUUCUAUCCUUAAGACACCUAAAAGAAUUUGCUAUUACCUUAAUACUGUAUGGUUAGACAUUAUUUUAUUUCUGACACAGAAGUAUUAUUGUCAAAUAUUAUUUCCCUUGCAUUUGCCAUUUAGUUGCCAUACAUUGUAUGAUUUGUGUUCUACUUAAAAUAAAAAAUGAAUUGUUGAUUUGGUUAUAUUUCUUUUCUGUAAAAGUUCAGUAUUGUGUUGAAUCUCAGGUUAUUUUUACUUAAUUUAAGUUCUGUUACAUUAGUUAAUGUGCUUCAUAUAUUGAUUUAAAUAAAUUGUAUGUUGUUUGCAUUUAUGAACCUUUUUCAUUAUUGAAAUCUUUUUUUAUGUAUUAUGAAAUUUUUUAAAGAUGUUUAUAAAUUCCUGCAAUAAAAAGUGUUGCUUUUAUUCUACACAAUAUAAUGAUUAUAAAUGUUAUUAGAAUUUUAAUGCCUACAUUUGCUUGUAUUUUUCUUACAAAUAAAAUCAUUAACUCUGUUA